ACUGCGCCCCCUUCCCUUCUCUCCCCCCUCCCCCCGCGUUUCGCUUAGGUGGUCAAGAUGGCGGCCGGGGCGCUGCUGCGGGGGAGCGGGGCCCGCUUCCGCCCCUUCUCCGAGCAGGGGGCCACUUCCCGCCUUUUUUUCCUCAGGAGCCUGGUGUCAUCCAGUAACAGAUCCGGUGAAGAUAGCUGGUUAAAAUCAUUGUUUGUCCGCAAAGUUGAUCCCAGGAAAGAUGCUCACUCCAAUCUCUUAGCCAAAAGGGAGACCAGCAGUCUCUAUAAAUUACAGUUUCACAAUGUCAAACCAGAAUGCCUAGACUCCUACAACCAGCUUUGUAAAGAGGUGCUGCCAAAGAUCCACGAAGGGAAGGAGUAUCCAUGUACACUGGUGGGGACGUGGAACACGUGGUACGGAGAGCAAGAUCAGGCUGUCCACCUCUGGCGAUAUGAGGGAGGCUACCCAGCCCUUACGGAGGUCAUGAGUAAGCUUCGACUUGACAAGGAGUUCAUGGAGUUUCGCAAAGCAAGGGGGAAUAUGCUUCUUUCACGCAAGAAUCAGCUGCUGCUGGAGUUCAGUUUCUGGAAUGAACCGGUUCCCAGGGCAGGCCCCAAUAUCUAUGAACUGAGGUCUUACCAACUUCGUCCUGGAACAAUGAUUGAGUGGGGAAACUACUGGGCCCGUGCCAUUCGUUUCCGGCAAGACAACGAAGAAGCCGUUGGAGGCUUUUUUUCACAGAUUGGGCAGCUGUAUAUGGUUCAUCAUCUCUGGGCCUACAAAGAUCUUCAGUCCAGAGAAGACACAAGAAACUCUGCAUGGCACAAGCCUGGAUGGGAUGAGCUGGUGUACUACACAGUGCCCCUAAUUCAGGAAAUGGAAUCCAGAAUUAUGAUACCAUUGAAGAUUUCUCCUUUGCAGUAAAGUCACAGAUUGAAUGGCAUCUGCCUGUAGAUUUAAACUGACCAGUAUGUCUUUUUAGUUCAUUUGACAGAAUGCGUGUGGCAACAGAAAUGUUGAUUUUUGAAAAGGACUGUAUACCUCUCUUUUUUUUAAAGUCCCUGCAGGAGGGAUGUGUUGGGGGAAAGCAUAGGGCCAUAAUUUAAGAUAUAGUGUUCAGUCACAUAACCUGGCUCUCCAUGAUUUGAAACACAGCCAGACGCUCCAAGAGCCAGCAGGUGCUGAUGAAAACGCGCACAUUUUAUUAGUUGCACGAGCUUUAAUAUCUUGAAUGAAUACUGUAUUUAAUCAGGGGGGUGAUUUCUCCAGUGGAUUCCUCUGCAUUGCUUUUUUUCAGAAUCAUGGUCAAUUGUCAAGCUUACAGAGCUUUUUUUCUGCCUCAAAAAAAUAGCUCUUUCUGUUCCUGACACUCCAGUAAAUUUGUUGCCUGGUCGGCUCACUUGUUAAGGAUGUGUAAUGUUACUGUAUCUACCCAGUUCCAUCCUGGAUCUGAAACUUGAAGGGAAAACCAGAGGUUUAAAGGCCUUUGGGAUGUUUGCUCUCGAUCAUGUGUGUGUGGCACAGCCUUUCAUAAACAGCUGCUAGAGAGAUUGCUCCUUCCUCUCUGAUUCCUUUGCCCUCAUUUCCCAGAUUUGCAGGGAGUAACAAACAGGCACCUUGCUUUCCUCUUCACUGGGAACCUUUAAAACCUCUGAUUCUCUUCCCUGUGUCCAUUCAACUAUCAGGGGACAGUGUGAGCACUCCAUAUCGUUGUCUUUUUUGUCCUAGCCAAUCAGAGAAGUCAAUUGGGAAAUCUUCUCCUGGGUUGUAUUGCUACAGGCUGUGGGUAAGUUAUUUUGAUUGCGGGGGAAAGCAGUUGAAAGUCUUGAGUGCUCACUGCUUGUAAAAACUGGCCUGUCAUGGAAGCUGCUAGGCAAAACACAUUGAUAUGGGUGCAGUCCUUUGUAUGCGGUUUGAUUAUGCUGAGGAUAGAGACUGGCUGUUUUUGACUUGAUAAAGGUUAUGAGAAUGUAGCAUGUAGUCAGCUAAUAGCCAUUCAUAAUUUGAAUGGCCAUCUCUAGAAAUGUGGGUGUUUAAUUUGAAUGAUCUAGUGGAUUUUUCUGUUCCUGCAAACACAGGCUUUCUCAAAGUUACAUGUAACCAACUGUUGAUGGCCGGUAUGGCUACAUAAAUGUCAGAUCUGAGGAGCAUGACCUCCUGCACUAGAAAGUGGUAGACUGGCAGUUUCUGACUGCUGCCACUGUUAAUGAAUAAUGGAUAUUGAUGUAAUGUCCUAGAACAGAAAAAGAAAAUCCAUACACCCUUCUUAGUGCUCUUGGUGAAGGCUCUCACACCACUUGAUUGUAUUUGUACCCCAAAAUAUCCCACAGUUCAGUGGGGCUUGCUCCAGAAUAAGCCUGCAAAGGAUCGCAGCAUUAGAACAGAACUGCAGAGUCUGUGUGCAGUAUAUAUUAGGAGACCUUUCUCAUUGCCUCUCUACUGUGUUCUGAAUUCCUUCCCUGCUUUCCACUUUUCCACCUGCAACUGUCCUCCAGCCCAUAUUCCAGAUCCAUGUUUCCAUCAAAAAUAUGGGGCUCAGGGAGAGGGGUUAAGUACCCUCCUGCCUGCUUCUUGCCUGCAAACCACCCCCAGUUGACACCACUCUUCCUUUGGGAGGUGAGGCAGUGUUGAGGAGUUCGUACAGGGGAUUGUGUUGGGGAUAUAAUGUGCAGUCAGUCACAUUUUGACGAGAUUCAGAUUUGACGUUCUGGCCUUUGGAAGUGAAUCAGCCUGAGUGAUAAGAUCUGAGAACUCUGCAGUCCACACAUUUCAAAUCAACUCAACCAAAAUCAGUGGUGUGAAAAUUUUACAAGCACUCCUAAACUAUGGCCAUGAAGCAAACCAGAGUGUAUGGCAGGGGUAGGGUUCACUUAAUAAGCUUUCGUGAUUGCAACCAGUUGUGUGGUUUCACAACCUGAACUGCAGAAGGUCAUUCUGAAAAGGUAUGUCAGGCCGAAACCUAUUAAAUCACUCUGGACUUGCAAAAUCACUGUGUCUCCUGUGUCUGGUUUUCUGAGGUUUUUUAAAUUUUACUUCAGAACAGAGAUUUGUUGAUGUCUGUAAUUGUAACAACAUCCUGUGCGUUGAAAUAAUUAUCCUGUUGACUAACAAAUCAGUGCAAUAUACUGUGUGUCAGUUGCCUACAAAACAUCCACUUUAUACAUUUCAGUGAGUUUUCUGCCAGAAUGUGUCAAUAAAAUCCUUUUGAUUUUCGCAUAA